AUGAAACUAUCCUCCAUCUCACUGGCGGCCUGCGUAGCUGUUGUUCAAGGACAUUGCAUCUUUCAGAAAGUAUCUGUGAAUGGCAAGGAAUACGGCUCUCUAGCAGGUCUCAGGGCCCCCAACCAGAAUAACCCGACUGAAGACGUCACCUCUCCAGAUAUCAUCUGCGGAAAAGUCGCAACAUCUUCCCAAGAAGUCAUCACCGUCGCACCUGGAGACAAGAUUGGCUCGUGGUGGCAGCACGUCAUCGGCGGCGCCCAGUACCCCGGCGACCUAGACAACCCAAUCGCCAAGUCACACAAGGGCCCCAUCACCGCCUGGCUCGCCAAAGUCCCUAGUGCCUCAAGCACCGGGGUAACAGGACUACAGUGGUUCAAGAUCGCCGAGGACAACUUGGACACCACCUCUGGACUGUGGGGCGUCGAUAAGAUGAUCAACAAUGGGGGCUGGAGCUACUUCAACCUGCCCCAAUGCAUCGCGCCUGGCGAGUAUCUUUUGCGUGUUGAGCUGUUGGCUCUCCAUUCGGCUCACCAGCAGAAGGGUGCACAGUUCUACAUCUCGUGCGCAAAUAUCAAGGUCACGGGCUCUGGAGCCUUCUCGCCUAGCUCUACCGUGAGCUUCCCGGGAGCGUACCAGCAAAGUGACCCAUCAAUCUUCAUCAACAUAUAUGGCACUGGUGGUCUUCCGAACAAUGGCGGUAAAGCUUAUUCUGCACCUGGUCCGAGGCCAAUUACUUGCUAG